AUGGCUACUUUGAAUCAAUAUACUCCUCGUCAAUGGUAUUUUCAAUUAGUUCUUUCAUUAAUAACAAUAUUUACAUUAAUUGUAUUUAUUAGACAUUUAUCUGAUCUUGUUUAUGCACCAUUUCUUGUCAAUUAUGAUUCAAUUGAAUAUUGUUUACAUUUUGAAUAUCCUUUUUUAACACGACAAAUGAAACAAUGGAAAAUCAAUGUAAUUAAUUGUAUUUUAUAUGAAAUAAUUAUUUCUAAUUUAUCCAUUGUUACAUGGCGUAGUUUUUAUAAUUUUCUUGAUCAACAUAUGCAUCCUCAUGAUCUAAAUAAAUCAGCUUUAACUUGUUCAUUAAUUGAUUUUAUUCUUUAUUUUCCAUUAAUGUAUUUUCAAAAUUAUUUAGAAUAUUUAAAUGUAAAAUAUGAAUUUUGGGUAUUUGUAUCAAUUAAUUUUCCUCAACUUUAUCGAAAUGUUCGUCAUGUAUUUGCUUUUUCAUCGUGUGUUUUUCUUUGA